AUGCGAAUAGCAUUUGAACAAAACAAGGGAGAAGCUAUCUUCGAUGUUAUUCAUGUUUCUAUUACAGCCACGGGAAACCUCAUUUCUGGUCGGAGUCGCAGCCGGAGACCGGCGAUGGCUGCCGCCGCUGGAAAACCCCUCUCCAUCGCCACCGGCGCUUCCGCUUCUUCUGCCGUAAAAUCCUUUGAUUUCUCCGCCGAUUCACCGUCGAGACUUAUACUCUCGCCCGAUCAAAUUGGUCGCUGCUCCGAAGCCCUCAGUGUUUUUAAAGACAAAAAGUUCCGAAACCCUGAAGAAAUAAACCGUGAGUUUAAGAUCUUGCAGGUACUCUCGCUCGCUCGCUCGCUCGCUAUAUCUCUAUGUGGAUAG